AGCGCAGUAAAAGCUUAAUAUGCGUAAGCGCUAAAGAGCUCGAGGAUAACUUGUACGGGCUCUGCAACCUCAGGUCGACUUGAGACGAAACUUGUUCUGUUCAAAAGCUGGAAUAAUGUAAAUUGAUUGCUACUAGCGGUUUGUGCAACAAGUUAUGCUGGCAGAAGAGUUUUGACUAGGUCUGAUAUGUUGCCUGACCUGAGCAGCCUGAGCCGGGAGGAGGCUGCGCUGAUAACAGACGUUUUAUCACAGCUUAGCAUUGGAAACGCAGCGGCAACGUCAAUUGCCCCGCAGAGUACACCGUCCCAUGGAUCCAUACCGGAUGCUGCGUUGGCGGAGCUGGACUUGGCGGCAUGGAACCCGUACGGAGCUGAAGCAAGUUACGGCCGGUGGCCUCACCCAGCAGGAAACCAGGCUGAGCCAUCCGCUGCUGACCUGCCCCUGACGUCAAGCGUCGAUUCCAACAAGCCGCUACCCGCUCUUGAGGCAUCCCAACAGCCCCAUCGUUUUGACACGUCUGCACGUGCUUUGACACUGACCUCCAUAGGUGCCGGUCCUGGUGCCGAUGGCAUACUAUUGCGACAGCGGCAGCAGGAUUCAGCCGCGGUGAAGCUUCUGGAAGGGCAAGUCUCAACAAAUUCCUCCUCCUCGCCGCUGACGGCACAGCAGCCGGUGUCCCUAUUAAAGGAAAUGCGGGAGCGGCUGCGGCAGCAACAGUCCCAGCAACAGGCUUUUGAUGGUGCACCGGAUGUUGACACCAGUCGCGCAUCCAGCGUGAAUGGUAGUGUAGCCUAUGGUAUGGGCCCGAAGGCGUCUGCUGCAGGACAGAUUGAGCACGCCUCGCGCGGAGGAGCAGUGUCUGCUGGCGGGGGCUCCCCAUCUAGCGUAGCGGCAGGUCGUAAAGCACGGCCGCUUCCAUCGACGCCAAGUGCAAUAGCGAAGGCGUUCACCAUGCUGAACGCGCGGACGAGCAUAGAACGCUACGGCCCAGAGCCCGGGCUGGUUGAAGCUCAUGCUUCGACGCCCACCAAGCCGGUUGUUAAGGUGCCUGAGCCUGAAAGGUCGCCAAUCAGGACAAACACGCCAACUGGCAGCAGAACAUGGAUAAGCGGCAACGCGGCAAGUGUGGCUGGCUCUGCCCAAGCGGACGGGAGCGCCGGCAGCGUGAGCGGUGAAAGGGGCUCCGUGAGCCCGCCCAGGCCAGUUGUGAACGGCGCUGAGGUCGGGGAGCGGCUAUACCAGCAUGCUUUGGAGCAACGCGCUCGCCAGGAGGCGCGGAUCUUCCAGCAGCUUCUGGAAGAGGAACGACAACGCCGGUUCAUGGCGUCAGUGCAAAGCGUUUCUCCAAGAGUGUACAAUCCACCUGAGCCAUCUUCCUCGCGCCAUUUGCCAACUGGAAUGGAGGAGUGCACAUUCCAUCCCAGCGCGGCUCCUGGCUCCAACCGCCGCCCCAAGUCGGCACCACAUAUGCGCGGUGUGGCAGGCCGCUCCAACAGCUUGUUCAACAUCUACGCCCCAUCCGGAUUUCCUGCCACCUUGGGCCGCGGCCCCGCGUCCAUGAACUUCAAUCUCAGCCCGGAUUUGGACUGGGAGGAGUUCCUAGCUCGCCAGGAUCGCUUCUUGGUGACGCGCGAGCAAAAGAUUGCACUGUUGGAACAGUCUGGUUCUGCUAGGCCUCGUAUGAGCGUUGGCAGCAAGAAACUGCUAAAGGAGCGCGCAUUGCGGCGAAGCACAGUGGGCUCAGAGGGCUCCGCGGACGUUCAGGGUGAGGCGAGCACCCGCAACAGUAACUCGUCCCCGACUGAGGGCAAACGGGUGAAGACCAUCAUGGAGAUGUAUAAGGAAUGUACGUUCCAACCACAGAUCACGCGAAGGGCAUCACUGCUUCCCGGCCGGCAACUUGAAGAUUUCGUGGAUGGGGGCCGAGCACGCCAUGAAGAAUGGAGACAACAGCAGCAGGCAGUUAAGGAGAUGCGCGAAGCUGAGGAACUCACCUUCAGGCCAUCAUUAUCCACCAAGGACGCAUACCCCCACGUUCGGCCGCGCAUCAGCUUGAAAAACCCUGAGGCCUACCUAGCCCUGGUGGCGGAUAAGCGCAAGCAGCGGGAAGCACAGCGCGCCGACCUGGAGAGCGAGCGACAGGCGCGGGAGAUGCAGCAAUGCACCUUUAAGCCACGCACAACGCCUCUACCGUCCUAUCUAAUCCGCCGUCUCCAGGAGCAGCACCUGGAACAGCUUCGGGCAGAUCAGUCCGUGAUUGGCGGUGAGAGCAGCGGCGACCUUGGAGAUGCUGAUAGCGGUGUCAGGGACGGCAACUACUUGGAUACGGAGCACGAAGCACCGAUUGAAUUUCGGCACUCGAUGGGCGUAAGUGGCGCCGCUGCAUCGGACCAGCCCUUUGGUGUGGCGCUGGUGCAGGUGCCGGAGUACAGCAGGCAGCUGUUGGGGCAGAUGCAGCAGAAGCUUGGGAUUUCGCAUGGGGGUGGUGCUGGAGCCUCUGGAGGAACAACCCCAAGUGGUGAUGGCGAUAAACGCAGCGGCCGUGCUGGUGCACUUCCGAGGCCUCCACCACUUACAAUACCUGCGGAUGUCCCGUCGAGCCUUAUCACAGGCAUCAACACCGGCACGGGUUUCUCUCCGCUUCCGAGCAUACUCAAUUCGCCGUUUAUUGAGGGGCUCAUGUCAGCUUCGCCCAAUGCGCAGCUCGCUGCAAUGUUUGCGCAGCUGGCUCAAAGCACCCGGGGCGGCCAGACGCCGGCAUUGUUAGACGCACUGACGCCAGGGACCGCGAGCGGAUGGCCUGACUCCACCAGGUCCGGAGGCGGCACAUUGCGCCAGCUGCUGGACCUCCACGAUAUGGGCGGCUUAGGGCUGGGGGAAGGGGACCUUGAUGAAGGGGCGCUGGCAGAUGCGCUGCUCGGCAAAGGUUUUCUGGAAGCCUUGCCCAGCGCGCGAGGGGUGCCCCACGCGGGCGGUAGCGGUGGUGCGGGUGCACAGCCGGGUGUUGGUCGUGAAAUGCCAAAUGCAUUGGCUGACGAUUGCGACAUCGCUGGUGGGAGCGGAAACGGAACAGGAGGGGGCGAGCUGUCUGCAGAACAGCUGGCAAGCCUAGGCCUUCAGUCGCCCUCAGCUCUAGGCGUGAACGGGAACGGCAGCGUUCUGUACAAGGGCGUGCACUAUGACAAGGAGCAGAAUACUUGGCAAGUCGUGGUGUUCGACGGCUCUCGCUACACGGUUGUGGGCGAGUAUACCAAUGAGCUGGAGGCAUUGGUGGCGAACGAGCUUCUGUCACCUGCGCAGCCUAUGCCUGGUAACAUAAACACUUUGCUUGCUGGCGGCAGCUCUGACACGGAUGGGCAAGGGAGCGGCGGGUUAGUGGAGAAUGCUCUGGAUACGGCCCCACCGUUGGAAAGCAGUGGGCCGAAUGGUGUCGCUAACCUCGACGCCGGAGGGCAGGCUGCUGCUGCACCAUCGGUCUCAGGCAGCCGCACACCGAACCUAAGCGACUAUCUGAAUCGUCUAACAAACAACAGCUCAAUGAUGGGCGGGCCUGCGCUUAGUCCCACAGCAGGCCUCUCACCCCUCUUCUCUGCCCUGUCACCCGCGGGUGGCGGUGGCUUUACAGCCCUCCUACUCCCCACGCCGCGUGACCAUGCCAGCGCUGGCGUCGGUGCGCACCUCUUGCCAUCGCCAACGGCGCUCGGGCGCAGCGGCAACCUAAACAGCAUGUCAGCAGCGGCCACCGGUACCGGGAGCGGAGUAGGACCUGGCCAGGCAGUGCCAACCAGCGUCUUCAGAGGCGUCGUGUACCGGAAAGAGCAGCGAAGAUGGGCUGCAGUCUUGGAAGACGGCAGCAGUGACGACCAAUGGCUCGGGUUAUUCGACAGCGAACUCGAGGCAGCGCGCGUGUAUGAUGCUGAAGCUUUCCGGCGAUAUGGCUCAAAGGCUGAGCUCAACUUCCCUAGCGGCUCAGGCAACAGCCCAUCCCCGACAGCCCCCCUUGGUCCGGGCGGCGUCAUGGACGUUGCUACAGCUGAGGCUGGCUUUGCAGCUCUCCAUCAACAUGGCGCGCUUGGGCUAGGGUUGGGCACGAGCCUCGGGACGGAUGCGUCGUAUGAUGAUGAAGAGGAGGAUGACGACGACAGCGAGUCCGGGGGUAUGCGGCCAAUGUCUGGCGCAGGCGGAUUCGGACGGGGCCGUGGCCGUGGGCGCGGAAGGGGCAGAGGGCGGGGUCGGGGGAGAGGCAGGGGAAGAAGUCGUUCUGGGGGUGGGGCAGAUGACGACGAUGAGGAUUUCGUCCUUGGCAACGCCAGCAGUCGGGCGGAAGGGCCAGGAACAGGACGAGGCCGCGGCCGUGGCCGCGGUCGUGGCGCGGCGCUCCCACCAGCAGCCCUGCCCAUCGUUCCUGCCCCGGAAAUCAUCGGCCCCGACGGAAAGCGCGAAAGCGUGUACCGUGGCGUUGUGUGGGAUGAUAAGCAGAACCAGUGGCGAGCUCAGAUUGCGGAGAAUGGAGUGACGACUGUCCUCGGGCAUUUCGCUACACAGGAGGAUGCAGCACGGGCGUUCGAUACGGCGGUCCUUCGAAGUGGCAAUAAGGAGCUGCUCAAUUUCCCACUUCUUGCCAAGCCCGCCACAAAUCCUCACCCCGGCCCGAAAGCACGUGGCCCUCGCGCACCUGGCACACGGGUGACCUCCCAGUACAAGGGCGUGUCAUGGAACAGUGCAUGCUCAAAGUGGGUUGCGGUGCUUUGGGAUCGAGAGCUCAAACGGGCCCGGCAUAUUGGCAGCUACGAAAGCGAAGAGGAUGCGGCGCGUGCAUACGACAAGGAGGCCCUUCGGAUGCUUGGGCCCGAAGCGGGCUUGAACUUCCGGGAGAGUGCUGCGGAUUACCUGGCCGAGAUUGGUGCCGACGGUGUGCCGGAAGGCACCCACAACUGCAAUAAAGGCUCCAGCCAGUACCGCGGGGUCAGUUGGCACGAGCGGAGCCAGCGGUGGGAGGUCCGCGUUUGGGGCGGCGGCAAGCAGCAUUUCAUCGGCUCCUUCACAGAGGAAGUGGAGGCAGCUCGUGCUUAUGACCGGGCGGUUUUGCGCCUGCGGGGCCAGGACGCACGGAGUCGCAGCCGCAUGAAUUUCCCAUUGUCCGAUUACAACCUGGACGAGCUGGGCGUCGCAGGGGAUCCCUCGGUCUUCCUGGGCCUCGCUGUUGGCAUGCGAUCCACGCCUGAGCCGCGGGGCAGGAAACCCGGCCGCCGGAAACGGCCGCGGGGCGAUGGCGAUGACAGUGACAGCGAAGAGGAGCCUAUGGUAAUUCGUGGCCACCAAAAUUAUGGCGCCUUGGCUCAGGCGGCGCCUGCACCACCGCAGCAACACCAAGCAGCAACCAACAACGCUGCGCCCGGUGCUGCCGCCACAGCAAGCCGGGCCGCCCAGCAGCAGUUGACUGCUGUCCUGCAAGCUGCUCUGAAGCAGGGUAACCUGCAGCUACAGCUAGGCACCGGGCAAAAUGCUUCCGUUGGGGCAGCAUCUGCGGCCGCACCUGGUGGGCCCCAGGGCAGUGCAGAAGGUGAUCCGCAGGCACGAGCGCUUGCCGCGCUAACUGCGGCAGCAGCAGCUGGCGGCCUGGUGGUGCCGCUGCCUGGCGUGCCUGGGGGUGCCGUUGUCCUGGGGAUGCUUCCUCAGUUGGCAGCGGGCGCCACUGCUGGAAAGCAGACGCCACAGCUCAGUCUAGAGCUGCUAGCACGGCAUGCCAGCGCUUUGAUGACCAAUAAGCAGCAUGGCAUGCAGGGCGCACCUGGAUCAGCAGGCCCUCAGCCCAGUGUGUCUCACAAUGUGCUAGAUGCGCAGCAGGGAGUCGCGGAAGGGCAGCAUCUGCCGGGUCUAGGCUGUAACGCGGGUGUGGGACUGGUGGGGGCAUCGUCUUGUAGCGGUAGCCCGCUGGCGGCUCCGGUCCCUCACCAACAACAACAGCAAGAGGCGGCGCUGCGUGGAGGGGAUCAGCUUCACCUGCAGGCACUGAACUCAGGCGCUCGCGUUGGCGUUGAGGAAGGGAAAGGCAGUGGCCUGGACGUGUACGGGCCUGCAGGAGCCUAUUUGGGCGCACCUGCAACCCAUGGAGCAGCAGCUGGCAACACCAGUGGAGCUUGGCAAUCUGGAGGCCACAUGGUCGGAGGGGCAAGCGGUUCCUUUUCAAAUGUCGGCGCAUCCGACGGUGCUGACCAAAGCUUACCAUCGGAUACUACCGGGGCUGGUGACAGCGACGCGCAAGGCCUGGUGUCACGAGCUGGUGCCUCACAUAGUGCAAAUACAGGCAGAGGCGGCCAACAGCAGCCCGGCCACUUCAACAUGCACGAGCAUGGGGACAUUCGUCCGACUUCUUAUGGGCAUCACUCCCUAACGUCGGCUUCUGGCAUUAAUCCGGGUUCACCGGGCCGCAAGCUAUUGAGCAGCAAGUGGAUCACACGUUCAGCGCACCGAGCGGGGACCAAGCCUUCGCGGGGUCAGAGCAUCGUACGAUGCUGUAUGGAGGCGCUCCCAGAAGGCGUGGGGACAUAUGGGCCGGCAGAGGAGCCUUCAGCGGACCUCCAGGGGACGACAAUAGUGAGGAUGAUGCGGAUGACGAGUCAGAAGAUGACGACUCACCGGUCGCCAAGCGAUAUCGGUGGGAUGGCGGCCCUGGUGUUCGAGGACACAAUAGAUAUGGCCUCUGCACCGCUGACCGGGCGGCUCCUGGACCCCCUGGCAUGGAGUCCACUUGUGAUCUGGCCGUGCAAGGAGCGGAUUGUUGUGGGCAUUCGGGAGUCCCAGCAGCUGCCGGUGCAGGGUUGGGCGAGCAAGUAGGUCAAAACAUUUGCCAGCGAUGCAGUCCCAUUCGCAACGCAAUGCGGUCGUUACCAGCGCGACAGUGGCCAACGUGAAUUCGACUUGCAGGGCCCCUAUU